AUGGCCGGCGGGUAUGAUUUGCGGUCGCAGGACCUCGAGGCGAAUGCCUAUGCGGCCUUGCCUGGGACGCAGGCGGAGUUUGUUGCACAUAAUAUGACGCCACUCAAGUCUAAUCUGGUCGGGCGAGAAUUAUUCGGAUGCCACCCCAGCCGCUGGAUAUACGAGCUGAUCAAUAACAACUUUACCGUCUGCGACCUUUUCCAGCGAGCUCGGGAAGCCAGGCUGGACAGUCACUAUGCAUGGGAUCACCCCCAUCGGCUAGUCAUCAAUGGGAACCAGUCUUAUUCGACAUCCUCGUCAAAGGUUUUAUCCUCCAUCUGCUUGGACUGCCAUUAUCACUUCUUAUUCCGUGUUGAGUGGGAACAAGAGCAUUCAGAUGUUUUGUGCCACCAUACCCACAGUGACUGGCCCAUUGGAGAUACUCAGUUUCCCUGGCAUCAUUUAGUCUGGGCGCCAUCUGAGAACGACGCUGAGAUUACUCGAGAUCGAUCAAAAUACUAUCCGCUGCUAGCUCGCGAAUACUUUGCCUGCUCGGCUCCGUCAUGCACGUUCCAGGUUACCCUUGAUAUAUCAGAACCGCGGAUGGCCUCGUGGUGGUUGAACGCCGCGAGAAGGGACGAACCUACACGAUAUGAAAGCGCUACCGAUGACUGGGCCAACCAAGCGCCAUCCAAUCUUAAUACGUACCUAAAGAAUCUCUUGGAAACGACUCCCGAAACUACCAGAAGUAUCUCGAAACGGAAUAAGAGAUUCGCAGUUCUGUUUGGACCCCGUUGCUUCUCCAUCUUUCGAGAACUUGAGUUCAAAGAGGUUACCGAGAUUAAUGACGGAGUCGAUGAAGGGUCAUUCACUCCAACUCCUCCACCGCCAGCAGACGGUAUUGCCGGGAACACUAAAGUGGGCACAUUUCGCGCCUAUCUUGAAGAUGUGCGCUCUGAAGUUCAAAAUCUCAUAUUCAAGUCUGGAAGCACUGCGGAACGCCCGACAUUUUGUAUUACUGCUCUGCAUAAUCACCUGGGCUGCAAUGAAGUUCCUCAUGUCAACACAAAUCCCUUGGUAAACAUGGAGCAAUACAAAUUCAUAGGAACUUUGCCUGGCCAGUCAAAAGAGAUUGUUGUAAAUGCCUAUAAAAGGCAGUGGGAACUUGCGCCCUCUAGGCGAAGGGAGCUUGUGGACAUGUUACGGAAUAUUGCUAAUGACGCUGGUAACGAACUUUUGUCUGCCUACGCCAUGACUCAGUCAUCCGUCUUUGAGAGCCAGCUUCAAACGUAUACCAACAGCGAUGAUGAUGGGCUUGCCUCUCAAGCAUUAGAAUUUCUUGGCCUCAGCCCACCAAAUAAUUAUAGCGCGGAGGCAACGAUACAAGCCUUUCGAGAAAAGCUGGCGCGAGACCCAUCUGAAGCGGGUACUGCGAGGAGCAUGCUUUUGUUGAUUGCCCAGUCAUCCAACGAUGACUCUUAUCAGGCAUCACUACUUAUGGAGGCUGAUGACAAGAUGUCACUUGAGACAUCCAAAGUGAUUCUAGGGCUGGAUACAGUUGACGGGCCGUGGCAGAACGCAGUUGAUGCUACAAAAGCAAAGCUAGACAAAAGCACAUCAAAGGAAGCCAAGGGCGUAUACCUUGACGCAUUGGAUUCGAUCGCUGAGCACACGUCUUCGCCCUCGCUCAAACACUCAGUUUUGGAACUUAGGCAUUCCCUGGGCUUCAGUAAUUCUGAGUUCGAUAAUGGCGACUCCAGAGCAGCCAAUUUGAACCUUCCCAUGGGCCUGCACAACAUCGGCAACACCUGUUAUUUGAAUAGCUUACUCCAGUAUCUCUUCACCGUGAAGCCUAUUCGUGAUAUCGUAUUCAACUAUGACAGCUUGCGGUUAGAGUUGAACGAUGAGAACAUACAGGCACGUCGACUUGGUGGAAACAAGAUGCAAAUGGAUCGGGGGGAGGCUGUCGUUGCGCAAGCAUUUGCGGAAGAAAUGGCCACGCUGUUUGAAAGUCUUCGAACUUCCGACAGAACUGCCACUCGGCCUUCUCAAAGACUCGCCAACGCAGUUUUAUUAUCAACUCACACUCUCCUGUCUGGCUCGAAGCAGCCGUCUGAGACUCCUACGAUAGUGAACCCUCCGCCCUUGCCCGCUCGCCCAUCGCCUGCCCUUCCCACGGAAAGCCACGAUGAUAUUAACAUGGUCAAUGUCUCUGUGCAAGCUGUGUCAGAUUCGAUAGAAACGCGGAGCCGUUCUAGCACUCAAACUCUCGUUGAUCAAGAUGACGCUCGCUCAGAUCGCUCGUAUGAGAAGGUUGAGACAGUGACAGAAGAUACCAGUGGCCAGCCACAGUCCGUCCCGAUACUUAUUGACUUGGAGGAUGACACUUUAAUGACUGAGGCGCCGCAAGACGACAAGAAAUCGACCAUUCUAGUGGAUAUGGACGAGUCUAAAGACACUCCUGUUGAUGUCAGGCCAGAGAAUGCUGAUGUCGACAUGAUUGAUAUAGAAAAGCCAGAAACGGUGGAUCAAAAGGUUCUCAAUGCCCUUGAGCACCAGAAGAGAUCUUCUGGAACCGACCAGCAAGAUGUUGAGGAAGUCAUGGGCAGCAUUCUCAACCGUCUCCAGGCAGCGAUUCGCCCAACUUCGGUUGACAGCGCAAGCGGCAUCCAGCUGGAAAAAAUUAUGGAGACCUUCUUCGUCACAACAGUCAAUUAUACCAAGAAGUUUGAUGAGAAGGAGUACCAACACGAGAUUAGCUUUGAUCGAUCAAUUACGGCGUUUCCGGCUGCUGAAGGACCUUGCUCAUUGUACGAUGCACUCGGAAGAAAUUUCGACCAGCAGAUUCUAGAGGAAAGCAAGCUCUCGCGAUAUACCGCCAUCAAGACGUUACCGCCGGUCUUACACAUUUUGAUUCAGCGGUCGCAAUCCAUGGGCAGCAAGAACGGCAACCCAGUUGUUAUACCUGAGACUCUAUACCUCGAUAGAUACAUGGACGCUCCCCAUGAUUCGCCCGUUUUCCAGCAAAGGGUACAGGAUUGGAUGACUGCAGAGCGAAUUGUUGAUUUAAAGUCACAACUGGCAAAGGUCGAAGCAAACCCAGCCUAUAUGACCUUUUUCCAGAACUAUGGGAGUGAAAGUGAGGUUACAGAUGACACAGCGAAGCAAUCCACUAGCGGAAGUGACGAGUUCAUGAAAGAUGAAAUAGACUCUGAAAAUUGGGAUUUUGAUGGGCCAGUAGAAGAUGACUUUUUGCUUAUCACGCCGGCAAAUGUCACUAAAGAGACUGCUCCUGAGGAACCCGCCAACAAGAUUACAGAUAUACAGAAGACGCACGCUGCAGUGCUAGAAAUGAUGGAAUCGGAACUGCGCCAACGACAAGAAGCGCUUGAGGCGAGUAUGAGCAGCCAGAAGCAAAUUUCGUACCGUCUCCAUGCUGUCAUCUGCCAUCGUGGCCACCUGACGUCGGGACACUAUUGGGUGUGGAUCCACGAUUUCGAAGCCAACGUUUGGCGUUGGUAUAACGAUGCGGAUGUGAAGGAGAACAAAGAUACUGCAGAAGUACUACAGGCCCUAAGCACUAGCGGUGAGCCGUACUACCUCUGCUACGUACGCGACGAAGACAAGGAUCAAUAUGUCAGCGUCCCUAAAAGAGAGCCUCCUAAGAAGGAGGAAGGUGGCGGCCAGGAACAAGAAGGCCAACCAGAGGCUGAACAAACGAAGCCAGUCGUUGAGAUUGAAUCAGCACCCUUGACCGCAGCCGAUAGGGACGGAGAUGUUGAGGUUAUUGACGCAAGGAAGGAAGGUGACCCAGUGAUUGCCCCUGAGGUGGAUGCGGUGGCGCAAGAGCCGCAGGAACCGCAAGAUUCUCAGAAGACAGUAGUCAUGGAAGAUGCAAGUCAAUUUUAAGGAGGGAGGAAUGGUAGAAGUCGGAGGAAUAGCUUUUGAUGACUCUUUUUGGGGCAAUUCAGUUGGGUGAGAAGCAGUAUUAACACAUGGCAACUAAAGAAAAGAGGCGUACGGUGUACCAAAAAUAACUUGAGAGCAUAAAUGGCAUUGUCUGCGUCUAGUAAUUAGGUAGCUUUAUGAUGAGAUGAUUUACUAAGAAACUUGCAGAAUCACAAACACACGCAUAUUA